AUGUUUGUUGUACAAACAGUGUCAGUGAUGCCAUCAAGUGGUGCGGCCAUGUUAAUAUGGAAGAAUCUUGAGGUAGCGUUGAGGAUGAUUGCCACGUCACGGCCACCAAUUUAUAUGGGCCAUUCUUCAAGUGAACAGGGCAUGCAACCAAUAAUGAGCGCCAAUUGGAGCACCGGCGUGUCCGUAAUCCCUUAUCAAGAUGGCCGCGUGGGGCCUGGCGUUGUCAUGCUGAAAGAUCAGGCCUGGACCAUGAGCUGCCUUGAAGGGCACAAGUUCCUGGGCCAGCACCUGGUCGCGUUCUACAUAAUAAUAUCACCCUGAACGUUAUUAUCUGUUGUAGGAGCGAUUGCCCUGGAGCCUAGUUUCGACGUGCCCAUGGUGAACGUGACGGUCAAGGCCGGAACUACGGCUAUCCUGCCAUGCUCCGUCAAGUUUCUCGGACAACACCAGGUUGUCUGGACUGACCAGUGGUCAACGUUACUGACCUUCGAGGAUCGUCGGAUAAUUGAUGACGAACGGCUAAGUGUGGAGCGCCCGUAUACGAAGGAUUGGAAUCUACACAUCAGGAAGGUCAAACACAAGGACGAGGGCAUCUACAACUGUCAGGUCAACACGAGUCCUGUGAAGAUUAAAACAGUUAACCUUAAGGUCCAAGUACCGGCUAAGAUAGUUCCUGGUUUGUCGUCUGGCGAGGUGCUGGCGCGUGAAUAUGACACCGUGACGCUCGUCUGCAACGUCACGGGGAUCCCGAUUCCCACGGUCACGUGGUACAGACGGACGGGCGACGGCUCUGAGCCGGAGAAAGAGAAAAUAGGAAUGAGCGGCGAGGUGCUCAUCAUCCACAACGUCAGUCGAUAUUGUAGCGACGUCUACGAAUGUGUAGCAUUCAACGGGGUUCCGCCAGCUGUUAGCAGAAAAAUCAAAGUAUCAGUUGAAUUCGUACCAGAGGUGCGUCUGCCGACUAAACGCAUUGGGCAGGAAAUUGGAAGGGAGACAAUCCUGGAAUGCAUAAUCAGCGCAUACCCACACGAAAUCAGUGUGUGGGAGCGGAACGGGGUGGAGAUAGUGAACAGCUUAAAAUACAGGGUAGAGAUCUAUUACGAAGGAGACCACACGAUAACGCUGAGUCUGAGAAUUCGCGAUCUGGCAGAAAUGGAUUUUGGUCAUUAUACUUGUGUCGCCUCCAACAUGCUGGGUCGUGAUUCAGAGACGAUGAUACUUUACGGUAAGCUUCAUAUGUUGUUCUAUUUAGUCUAUAGUCACCGCAAGAGAAGGGUGGAGAUCAUUGGUAGAACGCUCGCCUAGGAUGUGGUGGGUCGUAGAAUCAACCUUUUUCCGUGGACUUGUGUAUUUUUUAAAAUGUAUUUUUGUCCCAACCAGUGCACUACGCCAGGUACAUCAACUGCCGUUGCUGUAUGAUCU